GACGACCUUGACCGUUUGCUCUUCCUGCCUCCACAUCCUGAGAGCUGAGACUGCAGACAUACAUCGCCAUUCCUGGUUUAUGUAGUUCUGGGGAUCCGACCCAGAACUGUUUGUACUCGAGGCAAGCACUCUACCAGCUGAGUACAUCUCCAGCCUCCCAGCAAUUUCAGAUUAUGAACAUACCUUCUUAUACUUCAGCCUUUCAUCCAUGCGUAGCCAUGUUCCUCAUCUGUUCUAGAAGAGUCCAGCUGCACUAUCAGUUACCUGCGGAGUAGCUGGAAGCUGACGGCUGUGCAGGAGUCACUUGGCUAGCCCCAGGUCAACCUCUCCGGCCAUACUUACUGCGUCUUCUAUCUGGGUUGCUAGUGGUGCUGGAGGGUGGCUGGGCUUCAGGGCCACUGUUUGGGCUUCAGGUUGAUCUCACGGAGAAGGCUUCAUCUUAGUGGCUACCUGCCCUCGCUGCCACCCAAUGAUUAUGUGGAUUCUGCCUUAUCCUGCUCUCACUCAGGGAGCCAUGGGUCAACCAGCCCGUGAGGAAGAGACAGAGGCGUGCAUGAAAGGGCUAAGUCGGCAGUUUCCACGGUAGUUGGGCACAAUGAACAACUCUGCUCUUUUCCAGAGGGUUCAGACUCUCUCUGGUUGUCAUCUUCAGAGCUCCAUUCAGGCAAAAACAGCCAACAGGAAGCAGAGAUGUCCACUUCAGCUCUGCCAGAUGUGGGAGGCACACUGCCAGGAUACCUCCCCACAUCCCGAUGAACACUGCUCUGGUCCUGACACCAAUACACUUGGCAUUCUGAACUUGUUGCUUCAAGGGCUAGUGCCCAAGCCCCAUUACUGUAGACUAGGACAGCAACCAUGUGUGACGGAGCUCAUGAUUUGCAAUAUAACCUUGCCACUGAUCAGCAGGCUGUUGCUUCACCUUGUACUCAUGAGUAUCCUUUUCCAUGAGCCUGAACCAUUCAGCUUGGCUUGUGUCCUGGGGUGGCCGUCAUCUCUGCUACUAAUCGCUGAGCAGAGUCUUCCAGGAGGAAGAGCCCCUUCUCCAGCCACAGCUCCAGUGCUCCUAAACUGCAGUGAGCCUAGCCCACCCCCAGAGGUUGAGGAAGGCCAUGAAACUAGGGGGGGGUUAGCUGGGCUGCUUGGGGGAAAAAAAGCAGGAAACAAUUUACUCUGUUUUCUACAGCCAGAUAUUCGAGUUCUGUUUUCAUGUGAAGACUCAGAGCUCGAGUGCCCACUGUCCAAUGGACAAGCCAACCAUCAUCUCCACGACCCCAUGAGUUUCCUCUCCAACAAAAUCUAGGAUUCCCUGGUUCCCCUGGAGGAUUCCAGAACACUGUAGCCCAAGAACAGUGAGGAAGUCAAGGACACUGAAGGAGCAGACACAGAUCUGGUGGACUCCACACUUAACUCCUGCCCAGAGAUCCAAAUUGGUGUGGAAGACAAGAAUCCUGGAGAACACCAGCCAGCUAUUCCCUUAUAUACAGAGAAGGCUCUCAUUAACGGUGGGAGCUCUAUUGUGCCUCUGGGUGCACUUUCUUCCUCUUUUCCUAGUCACUUUAGCUCAGUCACAUUGAGCUUUGAGUCCCUCAGGAGUUCAGGUGACACAGUUGUCAUCCAGAACCUUCAUGUCUCUGGCACCAUCACCACUGCAAGACCACACCCAUGCAUACUCUACACUGAGAAGUAUGAGACAGCCCCCAAUGUUGAGAACAGUGUUGCCCAAGAGCUGGCCCUCCACACCAUGGAUCACCAUUCCCAGGAGGUUUUCAAUCUACAGAACCUUCUAGAAGACAGCCCUACUGUGAAAACUUAUCAAAACAUAAAGGGUCUUUAAAAGCUCUUUCCAGAUCAUCCAUUUGGAAAUGUGGACAGUGACAGAGUAGAAGCCCCCAAAGAUAUCAUGGAUUCUGUCCUUCACCACCCAACAUCACCAGGACUGAUGAAGAAGUGUGGGACAGGUGGGAAAGAUGGAGAAUCGAAGAGGAGCCCCACAGAGGAGCUGAACAAUGCUGGGAAUGGACAGCAGCUCCAGACGGAAGGCAAGAAGGCUUGGGAGUUCAGACUGAGGCUCCUACCAGGUCCAGACAGAAGUCCAGAAAGAAUCUCUAAAGAUGAUGUGGAGUUGUCAGAUACAGCCAUGCUAGUUCAAGACCUCAACCGUAACCCAGAACAGAGUAGAAUUAGCUACAGACAGCCCAGGAGCAAACAAAUUCUGGCCGAGCCAGAGUCAGGUCAACCUCUCAUCAACAGACGUUUCAUUUAUGGCUCUGGGGAUGUCGUCCUGGUAUUCUUGGAUGUCAGUGUCUCUGUUGAAGAGGCUGACACAACCACCUCUGCCUCAGAUACCUCAGGCAAGUCCCAGAGGCUAGGUGUCUCCCUUUGGAGUUAUUCACACAUUCUUUGA